CAACCGGAACAAAAAGAAAAGAAAAUAUUGUAAAACCGCAUGUUCAAUUACAUAGCUUUAGAACUUCUUUGUUCUAUCAGAGACAGCUCCUCAAUUUUCGAAAUAAAACUUUUUUCUCAUUUUUCCUUUCAAAGAUUGUUAUUUUUCAAAAAUAAUGAAUAACGAUCAGCAUCACCCGUUUCAGGUCACAAAAGAAACCGAUGAAUACACUCAAUUAUUAACUGAGUUGCAUUCUGAUUACUGUAACGAGCAACCCUCUGACGUUCUGCAGUUUUGUGCAAAUUUCUUCAUUCAAAAACUGGAGGCGCAACGCGCUGCUUUUAGACAUACAAACCUCCAUCAGCAAACUGAGGAGCGCCUCCAACGGCCCACUAAUACUCUGUUUAAUAACGACAGCAGUAGUAAUGAUUUACACCCAUUGUCUGCACAAUGUAGUUUUACAGACGAGUAUCCUGCGAACGGUAACCCUUUUCAAUGGAAUCAAGAUACACAAAUGACCAACACAACAGCUGAGGAUGAAGAGCGUGAGGAAGAAGAAGAGGAGGACGAUUUCGAGGAAGACGAUAAAUUCUCGACUGCACCUUUACCUUCUUUACCACCCGUCAACUACAACCGUGGUCGACGUACUUCCGUAAGUGCUGAAUCCAUGGCACCCAGCUCUCACAAAGAAUUUGUUAAAGUUGUCAUCCCUAAAUCAGAGGAACAGAUGGAACGUAUCAAAAAGAGUAUUAGCAAUAACUUUUUAUUCCGUAAUCUCGACGAAGACCAAUAUAUGGAUGUUGUGCAUGCCAUGUCAGAGAAGCGUGUACCUAAAGACGUGCGUAUUAUUGAGCAAGGCGAUGUUGGUGAUUAUUUUUAUGUGGUAGAAUCAGGCACUUUAGACUGUUAUAUUGGGGACAAUAAGGUUACCAACUAUGAAGCAGGUGGCAGUUUCGGCGAACUGGCCCUAAUGUACAAUGCACCUCGUGCGGCAAGUAUUACUACUACAUCGAACUGUGUUCUUUGGGCUUUGGAUCGUAUUACAUUUAGAACAAUUUUGAUGGAAAACACAUCACGAAAAAGACGCAUGUACGAGGAUUUCUUAUCAGAUGUUGGAUUAUUGAAAUCGUUAGAGUCGUACGAGAAGCAUAAGAUUGCUGAUGCUCUUGAAUCAGUUUACUUUGAAGAUGGACAGGAGGUGGUUAAGCAAGGAGAUGUAGGAGAUCAGUUUUAUAUUAUCGAAUCUGGUGAGGCUGUAGUGUUGAAAACAGAAAAUGGCGAACAACAACAAGUGAACAAAUUGGAAAGAGGCUCUUACUUCGGUGAAUUGGCUUUGUUGAACGAUGUACCCAGAGCUGCAACAGUGGUCGCUCAUGGCAGGCUUAAAUGUGCCACACUUGGGAAAAAGGCAUUUACGCGUCUUUUAGGUCCUGUAUUGGAUAUUUUGAAACGUAAUUCAGAGAACUACCAUGCUGUCAUCAAUCAGCAAACAGUGUCAGCUUAGAGUAGAGAAAGAAGAAGAAGGAACGUUAGAGAAAAGCUGUAUAAAAUGUGUAAUUUUUUUGUGUAUGCAUAAGCAGUUGCGUUUAUGUUAUGUACGAAAUGUGUGUUUGGAGUUAUCUAGUGCAUGUUGUCUUGCAAACCUAUAACUCCUUUCGCCUUUUUAUUUUACGAAUGCCCCUCCCCCUAUAAGUUUACCCUGAAUAAAAUUCAAAACACUUAAACGCUUCA